UUAUUGUAUUAAAAAAAUCUUCACUACCAAUCCCAAAACUGUACAGAUUCAUUGAAACGAUCACCAAAUACGCUCUGCUGCAUCGGUGCCUUCCUUUUUAGACUUCCCCUUAGCUUACUUUUUACGAUAUUGCAUCGUUUUUUGAACUCUUCAUCUUCCUUCUCCCACCUACCCACCUCCUACCAUCAAUUUUCUUUCAUUAUUUUAAUUUUCAGGAGUCUUGAGCGAUUAGAGUUCUUAUUUUCCGAUCAUGAUCUCUUCUUUCACUCAAUCUGCAAAACCCAUUCAUGGGUCUCACGUCGUUCACCGCCGGAGCUCUCCGGAGCCAAUACGGCCGUUCUCUUGCCCACCUCCAUUGCCGGCGCUAAAGCCCCAAGGCUUCGUUCUCUGUAUGAAGAAUGCCCUUCAUAUCUCUUCGGUUUCUAAUUUCGGGCCAUUGAGAACCCGGAAGAGUGAUUUGGUUACGAGCAAAGCCUACGAGGCUGACCGAUCGCACCCGAUUGAGUCGAACGUUGAACUGACGGUAGCCGAAGCGCGAACAGAGGCGGCGAAGAAGGUGAAGAUCGGACUCUAUUUCGCUCUCUGGUGGGGUUUGAAUGUCGUGUUCAACAUUUACAACAAGAAGGUUCUGAAUGCGUUUCCAUAUCCAUGGCUAACCUCCACGCUUUCCCUCGCUGUUGGCUCUCUCAUCAUGCUUGUCUCUUGGAUGACAAGGAUCGCCGAGGCACCCACCACCGAUUUUGAGUUCUGGAAAUCUUUGUUCCCUGUAGCUGUGGCCCAUACGAUUGGGCAUGUAGCGGCCACAGUGAGCAUGUCAAAGGUUGCUGUCUCAUUCACUCAUAUCAUCAAGAGUGGUGAGCCUGCAUUUAGUGUAUUGGUUUCAAGGUUCCUGUUGGGUGAGACUUUCCCUGUUCCUGUCUACCUCUCUCUUCUACCGAUCAUCGGCGGUUGCGCGCUUGCUGCCGUGACCGAGCUUAACUUCAACAUGACUGGUUUCAUGGGAGCUAUGAUAUCAAACUUGGCAUUUGUGUUCAGAAACAUAUUUUCCAAGAAAGGCAUGAAGGGGAAGGCUGUUAGCGGGAUGAACUACUACGCCUGUUUGUCUAUUCUGUCCCUUUUGAUUCUUACCCCAUUUGCUAUUGCUGUCGAAGGACCGCAGAUGUGGGCUGCAGGAUGGAAAACUGCUGUCUCUCAGAAUGGACCUAACUUUGUUUGGUGGGUAGCAGCUCAAAGUGUGUUCUAUCAUCUCUAUAACCAAGUAUCCUACAUGUCUCUGGACGAAAUUUCUCCCUUGACAUUCAGCAUUGGUAACACCAUGAAACGUAUAUCGGUCAUAGUUUCUGCAAUCAUCAUCUUCCGCACACCCGUCCAACCCGUCAACGCUCUCGGAGCUGCGAUCGCUGUUCUCGGGACCUUCUUAUAUUCACAGGCAAAACAAUGAGAAGAAGACUCUUAGAACUUAAGUAAUUAUAUCAAAGAGAGAUCGGAGCAAAGCAUUCGAGAAGUGUCGGGAUUUUCGAUAUGGCAGUGAGGAAAUUGAUUCGAGUUUAUCAGUUUUUGAUGUUGUGUUUAAUCAUGGAGAGAUGAACAAGUAGUGAUUUUCUGUGCAUCAAGAAGGUCAUACAUGAAUAAAGUGAGUAGGGAAGGUAAA